AUGAUUACAUUUGAAUUGCAUAAUAAGACUGUCGGAUGGAUUGCUUUUGGCAUAAGUGCAGGCGGCGGCAUGAAAGGAGCUGAUAUAGCAGUUGAAUGGGUCGACUCUUCUGGUAAAGUCUAUCUUCAGGAUCGAUUUGCACUCGAUAAAAUAAAACCAGAAAUGGACAACACAACUCAAGAUUGGAUUGUUCUUCAAGGUCAAGAACAAAAUGGAUAG